AUGGACCGGGGCAAAAGUGCCAGUGGAUCGACGAGCCUCCAUCCAGAGGCUGGACAGGAUCAAUCCAGGGACCGGAUCAAUGUACAGCCGAUAAAGUCAUGGAAAGUCUAUAUAUGGGAUACAUGGGAGCUUCCACCUGAUCAGCGCUGGCUGUUAUUCAAAGUCGAUGCCUUUGUCCUUACUUUUGCCUCAACUAACGGGGAUCACCAGAUCGGUUACUUCUUGAAGAAUCUCGAUCUUAACAAUAUCAACAAUGCCUUUCUCAGUGGCAUGAAGGAGGACUUGCAUAUGUAUGGGAACGAGCUUGUUACUAGCACGUCUAUCUACACAGUGGGAUAUGUAAUUGGGCAGAUACCCUCCAACUUGCUGCUGACUAGAAUUUCACCUCGAUGGGUGAUUCCGGCGGUGCGUAUUCCUCCAGCUUAUAUCCCUAGCCAUUGUGUUAUAUCGCUAACAGACUCGCCGCAGCUGGAGGUUGGAUGGGGAAUAGCCACGAUUUGCACGUCCAGUGUCCAGUCUUAUCGGUCACUAUACGCUAUCCGCUUCUUAGUUGGGCUUUUCGAGUGGAUUGGCAAGCGAGCUAUGGUUUUCUGGCUUGCCGGCUCUAUUGGAACGCUAUUCAGUGGAUUCUUGCAAUCAGCCGCUUAUACAAACCUCAACGGUGUGCAUGGCCAUGCUGGCUGGCGCUGGCUAUUUAUCAUCGAUGGCAUUAUCACGCUGCCACUUGCCCUUGCGGGCUUCCUGUUCUUCCCCAAUCUCCCGCAAGACGGCAAGAAAACGUGGUGGACGACAGAAGACGAGCAUAUUCUUUCUGUUAAACGCAUGGAGGCUAUUGGCCGUGCUGGCAAGGAGCCCUGGACAGUCGCCAAGGCUAAGCGGAUCUUCCUCAGCUGGCAUACAUAUCUUCUUCCCUGCCUAUACAUUGUGUGGAAUAAUGGUUACCCGCAACCCGGCAUGGGUUACUGGCUGAAGAGCUUUAACACGAACCCUCCUCCUGUGCCUGGCACAUCGUUUUCGGUGCCGCAGAUUAAUAACUAUCCUAUGGUUACAACAGGUAUUUUCGUUGUGGUAGCUUUGAGCUGGGGUUGGCUGUCCGAUGGGUGUCGCGGUAUACGCUGGCCUUUCAUCUAUGCGGGCGCGAUCAUCACGACAAUCUUCUGUGUGCUCCUCCGACAGAUGCCGCUUUAUGAAAAUAUCAACGGCCGUAUGGCAAUAUAUUGGCUGAGUAACAUUGGCAGCGGUGCUGGUCCCCUCAUCUUGAGCUGGAUCAACGAGAUCUGUUCAGCGGACACCGAGAAGAGAGCAUUAAUUGUUGGCUUGGCGAACGAUCUCGCAUACGUCGUUCAGGCGGUGGCUCCGAACUUUGUCUGGAAGACGACCGACUUUCCGGCAGCUAAGAAGGGCUAUUUGUGGGAUAUCGUCCUCCAGUGUCUACUCGUCGUUGUGACCGCCGCUAUCCAAAUACAGCUCUGGAGAGAUCGACGCAAGUCGUCUACUGACCGAGAGGACGAUGGCUUCUCAUCCGGCUCGCAAAACGAAGAGGCAUCACAGCAGGAAAGCGACGUUGAGCAGGGGAAGACAAUCCACACCAAGGUUGUGGCGGUGGACAAUUAA